AGUUGCUGUUGUCAUAUGUCCAAACAAAAAUAUUGCAAGUGGCCAUGUAACAUUCAAGAAGAAGCUGUGAUUGGUGGUGGUGUGUCAUUAGUACUAGAAGCAUUGGUUGUAUACAUGUCUGAAAAAGGUCCAAUUCGCACAACAUUUGAAAAAAGAAGAUGGAAUCUGGGAGCAUGGAAACAAUAGCUACUAAUAACCCUCCUGGAGGAUCAAAUGGCUUAGAAGAGCCAAAGAAGAUGACAAGAGAAGACUGGAGGAAGAAGAAAGAAUUGGAAGAACAGAGAAAACUGGGCAAUGCGCCAGCUGAAGUGGAUGAAGAGGGAAAAGACAUCAACCCUCAUAUUCCUCAGUACAUUUCCUCGGUGCCAUGGUAUAUUGAUCCUUCAAAGAGGCCUACACUAAAGCAUCAGAGACCUCAGCCAGAGAAGCAACAAGAGUUUGCAUUACUAGGGGAAUGGUAUAAGCGAGGAGUCAAAGAGGAUACUAUUACAACUAAAUAUCGCAAAGGCGCCUGUGAGAAUUGUGGGGCAUUGACACACAAGAAGAAAGAUUGUCUGGAGAGACCUAGAAAAGUUGGAGCAAAGUUCACUGGAACUAACAUUGCACCAGAUGAACAUGUGCAACCUCAACUGAUGUUUGACUACGAUGGGAAAAGAGAUCGUUGGAAUGGCUACAAUCCAGAAGAACACAUGAAGAUUGUAGAAGAAUAUGCCAAGGUUGAUCUUGCUAAACGUACAUUAAAAGCUCAGAAACUGCAGGAGGAGCUGGCUUCAGGGAAAUUGACAGAGCAAGUGAACUCCCCACGACAUCGAUGGGGAGAGGAAGAACCAAAUUCACAAACGGAAAGAGAUCAUAACAGUGAAGACGAAGAUGAAGAUAAGUAUGCAGAUGACAUUGAUAUGCCCGGACAGAAUUUUGACUCCAAAAGGCGCAUAACAGUCCGAAACCUGCGAAUUCGGGAGGAUAUUGCUAAAUAUUUGCGGAAUCUAGACCCUAAUUCUGCAUACUACGAUCCCAAAACUAGAGCAAUGAGAGAGAAUCCAUAUGCCAACGCAGGAAAGAAUCCAGAUGAAGUCAGUUAUGCAGGGGACAACUUUGUUCGUUACACAGGAGCCACCAUUUCUAUGGCACAAACUCAGUUAUUUGCCUGGGAGGCUUAUGAAAAAGGCUCUGAAGUUCAUCUUCAGGCAGAUCCUACAAAGCUUGAACUCUUGUACAAAUCCUUCAAAGUAAAAAAAGAAGACUUUAAGGAGCAGCAGAAAGAAAGCAUCCUGCAGAAGUAUGGAGGACAAGAACAUCUUGACACCCCACCACCUGAAUUGCUGCUGGCUCAGACAGAAGACUAUGUAGAAUAUUCUAGGCAUGGCACAGUUAUAAAAGGCCAAGAUAAGGCUGUUGCUCGCUCAAAAUAUGAAGAAGAUGUAAUGAUCAACAAUCAUACUUGUAUUUGGGGCUCCUAUUGGAAAGAAGGCAAAUGGGGUUAUAAAUGCUGUUACUCCUUUGUCAAGUAUUCCUAUUGUACAGGAGACACUGGAAAAGAAAUUGCAAAUGCUGAUGAAAUAUUGCCCCAUGAAGUGCAUGAGGAAGAAUAUACAACCAAAACCAAAUCUCUGAUGGAGAUGCACCAAGAAAAACAAAAAGAGGAAAAGAAGAAGAAAAAGAAAAAGCAUAAGAAGAGCACAAGUUCUGAUAGUGAGGGAGAAGACAGAAAGAAACAGGAAAAAUUGAAAAAGGCACUAAAUGCAGAAGAAGCCCGUCUCCUUCACGUGAAAGAAAUCAUGCAGUUAGAUGAGAGGAAGAGGCCAUAUAACAGCAUGUAUGAAAGUCGGGAACCAACAGAGGAGGAAAUGGAGGCUUAUCAAAUGAAGCGGCAACGACCAGAUGAUCCUAUGGCCUCCUUUCUGGGGCAGUAAUUUUGGAGAAGGAAAAUGCAAGCCCCAUAGGACUCAGAUGCAGUGUUACACUUAGUGACCAAGUGGACAAACUGCUGCCAGUUUCCUGUGUAUAGGAGAGUAUGUGUGUAGCAGCUAUCUUUGGCCUGAAAAAAAAAAAAGAUUAUUGAAGGUGUUUAAUUUGUAAAUACUUGAUUGGUCUGUAGGCCUGUGAUGCCAACUAGAUACAGCCAGUUCAUUCAGAGUGUCACUAGAAGUUGUGUUUAAGAAAGAUAGCAAGAGUAUGGUAGCUUCUACUUGGCAACUGUGUGUGAGCACAUAACCUACUUUUAUGUAUAGAUUGUAUUGAGUUAGUGUAAAUGUUUUAAAGCUGCUGAAUGGACAAAGGUUGUUUUUAGCAGAAGUAAGUGGGACACCACUCUGCUGAAGUCUUUCUUCUGGCUAUAAGCUCAGCUGUUUGACAGCUUCUCAUCAGAACUUAUUUUAACAUUCCAAACACCAAUUCUGCAUGUUCUGCUUGUAAGGGAUUAGAAAUUCUUUUACUUAUUCUUCUGCCAAAGCAUCUUAAAAUAGUUUGGAAUGAUACAGUCCGUUCCCAUAGCUAUAUCCUUGUGUGCACAGAACAGCAAAUGAGGAAGAUAAUUCCUAAACUGCCAAUUUCUUCCCACUACUCCUAGCUAAUCUGUAAAGACACACACACGUACGUACGUAUGUACGUACGUACAUACAUACGUACGUCUGCUUGAAAUGUUCAGUGAUAGCUGUGAUAUAAUACCAUUGCCCUGUUUUACUGUGAGUGAGCUAGACUCCAAAGUCAUCUCAUAAAUACUGUACCAUCUUCCUCUUUUGACAUGGCUCAGUUAUGACUACCUUUUCCAUUUGAAAUAUGUUUUUCUAGCACAGUAAAGAGAAGGUACAGUUUCUAAUAUGACAGUCACUUGGUUUUGUGGAAAUCAGAUGCCGAUCUGCUUUUGUUGAAUUUGGGUAAAGAACUACCAACUAAAACGUA